AUGGCAGAAAAGUACCUGAGCCAAAUCUAUUACAAUCCAGAAAGUCCCGCAAGCUUUGGUGGCAUAGAUUCAAUUUACCGUGUCGUAAAAGACGAAGGAAAACAUCAGAUAUCGCGGAAUAAAAUACGGCUAUGGCUACAAAAGCAAGACACGUAUACUUUACAUAAAUCU